AUAACCAGCAUCAUCCACUCAGCCCACCCAUCCCAUCAAGCCACUACGCAUCAUCCACAUCGACGUCCAUAUCGAUAAUAGAAAUAGACCAUGGCCAUCAGCACGGUGCAGACGGUAACUUCGACGUUUGGGCGUUUCCUUCCCUCGAAGCUUCUUCUUUCGACGCAAGGGCCCAAUCGAUUCGAUGAACUUGUGCAGGCCUUGAAGUUGGCGUUGGGUCCGUCGUCGGGCCUCGACUCGGACGACGUCGACAUCGAAUACCUGACUUCUCUGAUGCGAGAGUACGGCUCGGCCGAGUCGGAGUGGUCCAGAUUCGCUUUCGCCGACGCCAGCAGAGGGUACACUCGUAACCUCGUCGACGAUGGUAACGGGAAGAGCAACCUGCUUGUGCUUGUGUGGACCCCGGGCAAGGGCAGCCCUAUCCACGACCACGGCAAUGCACACUGCCUGAUGAAAAUAUUGAAAGGGAACCUGACUGAGGUUCGAUAUGCCUUCCCCGAAGAGGGCCGAGAGGACCCGAUGAAAGUGAUAUCUCGCAAGACAUAUAAGGAGAAUGACCAAGCGUACAUGGCCGACGAACUUGGGGUCCAUAAAAUCGUCAAUGAGGGCGACAACUUUGCCGUGUCCCUACACCUAUAUACGCCGCCUAACGUCGCGAAGAGCGGGUGCAACAUCUUUGACGAAACAACGGGCAAGCGUAGCCACAUCUCGCAGUGCGGCUACUACUCGGCCCAUGGCGUCCGACUGCCCAACGCCGUGUGAGGACAUUUCGUAUCGUCGGCCGUCCGUCCUUUGUAAUGUUCCAUGAGGCGUUGAUAUGGGCUCGUUUUGUUUGGCUUUGAAAGGGCUCUCUCUUCGUUUGGAACCCAGUCCCGGCCCACGAAAUGCCUGGUU